AUGGAGAUUCACUGUAAGCACGACCCAUUCGCAGCGAUGCACAGACACGGUGGAGUGAAUCAGCUCGGAGGUGUGUUUGUAAAUGGCAGGCCCCUCCCGGAUGUGGUCCGGCAACGAAUAGUAGAGCUGGCCCAUCAAGGGGUUCGGCCCUGCGACAUCUCACGCCAGCUACGCGUCAGCCAUGGAUGCGUCAGCAAAAUACUGGGCAGGUACUAUGAAACAGGCAGCAUCCGCCCUGGUGUAAUCGGGGGAUCCAAACCAAAGGUCGCUACACCCAAAGUGGUCGACAAGAUUGCAGAUUACAAACGCCAAAACCCUACCAUGUUUGCCUGGGAGAUCCGGGACAGGCUCCUGGCCGAGAGAGUCUGCGACAACGACAGCGUCCCCAGCGUCAGCUCCAUCAACAGGAUCAUUCGGACGAAGGUUCAGCAGCAGCCCGGUCAAACGGGCUCCGUGUCGGCUCACAACUUAGCAACGUCCGUCGCUGCCACACAGGUCUCGGGAGUGACCAGCGACUCGGCAGGCUCCUCGUACUCCAUCAGUGGCAUCCUGGGUAUCAGCUCAGCUGCUGAUGUUGGCAAGAGGAAGAGGGACGAAGGUUUGCAGGAGUCACCACUGGCAAAUGGGCAUAGCCACAGUGGGCGGGACUUCCUCAGGAAGCAGAUGAGAGGGGAGCUGUUCUCACCACAGCAGAUCGAGACAUCAGAUUACUCGGCCAUGGCCUCACUAGCAGGCGGACUGGACGAGAUGAAGAACAGUUUGGCCAAUCCGGCCGCAGGGGGGGAGUUAGGAGCCAGCGUGUCCGGUCCACAGUCCUACUCACUAGUGCCAGGUCGAGAUAUAGGCAGCACAACCCUGCCCGGCUAUCCUCCUCAUGUCCCUCCCACUGGACAGGGCAGCUACUCCACCCCCUCCCUCACUGGUAUGGUACCUGGGGGAGAUUUUUCCGGAAGUCCAUAUUCCCAUCCGCAGUACUCCACGUACAACGAAUCAUGGAGAUUUCCAAACCCCAGCCUAUUAGUGUUUCAGCAGGAUUAUGGGUCUCUCCUGGGGACGGAGAUCGGCUGCUCGUCCAGUCUCUUCACCAGCCAGGCAGGACAGAUGCAAGGUUCACCAUACUAUUACAGUGCAACAUCACGGGGGGCGGGCCCUGCUGCCACGGCAACAGCCUCUGCCUACGAUCGCCACUGACCCCUCCUGCAGAGAGAAGAGGAGGAGGAGGAGCUUUAGUUGAGAGAGGGAGGGAUGGAUAGCACCAGCGCCGCUCAGUAAAAACUCGCCUAUGCGUGGAUGAGGAGAAGAUUUUGAAUCUCUAACGUCAGUGAAGUUUGCAUAUUCUUUCAUUGACUCUUUAACCAACAAACACUCCUUGGCUACAGCACAAACUGUCUGGGUAUACAUUACUAUGAGGAUGUAGAACUUAUUAUGUCAUCAGGUACAUUUUAGAGAUUUGAACCCCCCCAUAAUAUUAUAACAGCUUAGUAUUUUGAUCUUCUCAGCAAAAUGUUGUGUUCGCAGGCUCGGGAUGUUUUGAGCUGAUUAGAGCAAAACCACUAUUUUGAAAAAAUAUUUUUAUGACUUGACAUCAAUCAAUUUUCUAUGCCAUGCUACAGUGGAGUAAAGACAAUCCAAUCCUCGUGAAUUUGAAUGACCAAAAUCACCCAUGUCACAUUUGUGUUCUCUUUGCUGUGAGAUUCAAUAUUCUUCCUUUGGGAUCCCAAUGUUUAAUGAAAAGAGAAGAUUUGAUCAGAAACAUUCGCUGUGCCCCAUCCCUAUCGGUUACUUUUCUAACUGCCGAGCUUUUGAUACUGUCCAACGGUUUUAUAUUAAUUUUUUUUUCUUCAAGAAAAGAAAAUCUUUCUAUCAAACAAAAGAAGACAAAAUUGAAAUCAAAGUAAAUGAAGUGGAAAAAAUCUACCAAAAAAAAAAGAAAACCUGACCAAGCUGCAAAGCAUCCAGCUCUGACACGGCCAGAAUCAGGACGGGUUCUCCUGCAAAAAAAGCUUCAAAAGUCAGGGAUUGUAGUAUCCAUGGGCCAGAUGCAUAAAACUGUGAUCUACUGUGUGCAUGCACAAAAAGCAGAAAUGCAUGUAUGCCUCUCUUUUAUAAAUCUCAUUCUUCACUGAAUUUUAACGCAGGAGCACAAGCCUGAUUUCCACUCUCGAUUUUAAACCAUGAUAAGAUGCAGACACGCCCCUUAAUUAAUCAUCCACAUAUAAAUGUUUACUUCACAACCAAUAAAGCAACACCAAAA